AUGGACCUGCUAGAGGAUCUUGAGACCCUGAAGUUUGAGUCCGGGAUUCAUGAGGAAGACCAAAGCUGGCUGUAUUUGCUGGGCCGUUCUCAUGGUCUGAUGACCAAGGCCUGUGCCCACGCAACCUUCUUCUGCAAGCUACUCCAUAAUUUGAGAGAAUCAUUCUCCAGAGAAUCAUUCUCCAGAAAAUUAGUACCGGAGAAGCGAACCUCUAAAUGUCGCUUGACUGGGUUGUGUGAAGAAACUCAGGAUGAUGACGCGUUAAAGGUGGGCAUCAUCGGAGGUGGCCACCUUGGGAAGCAGCUGGCACACACCCUGCUCCAGUUCGUCCCCAUCCCUGCUGAGAAUCUGCGGAUCUCCACUCGGAGGCCAGAGACCCUGGAUGAAUUCAAGAAACUGGGAAUCCAGUGCUUUUACCAGAACGCUUCUCUGGUGGGAUGGGCCAAUGUGGUAUUCCUCUGCUGCCUGCCAUCUCAGCUGCCUAAUAUCUGCGUAGAAAUUCAAACCCGGCUUGGGAAAGACUGCAUUGUGUACAGCUUUGUCUCUGCCAUCCCAGUAUCCAGGUUGAAACUCCUACUGAAUCACACUAACAUCUUGCGGCCCCAGUAUCAGUGUGCUGAAGAUCUUGCCCGCAUCUGGGGGGCCAAUAAGGAGAUCACCGCUGCUCUCCAAGACCCUGUGAUUAUUCAGGCCACCUGCCCCUACAGCCCUGCUGGGGGAAUAAGCCUCAACAUCAAGUGGCUGGAGGGGAUGUUUUAUGCACUCUUAAACUUCUGCACAGCAAAAGACAUGCCCCACUCACAAGUGCUGUGGCAUCUGAGCGAGCUGUUCCCCUCCCAGCACCUCGAGGCCUGUAAGAAGGAUGAAGCAUCACCCCUAAAAUUUCAAGCCCAAGAUUUUGUCAGUAAGAUCUAUGCCAAGAACCUGUCUCAGAAACGGCCUUUCCCCUUGUUUGAUCUGACCGCUGUGCAACUCAAGGAAACUCCCUUUAGCCAGUACCUCUCAAACAGUACUACUUUUCAGGACCGCUUUACCCAUCUAUAUUAUGACUCAUUUGGCAUCUCCCUAACCAAAGAACAAGAAGAGCCAGAGGUUUCCACAGGUUCUCCAUCCCAAUAA